UGCACUCCACCUCCUGUAACUCCACCUCCUGUAACUCUACCUCCUGCAACUCCACCUCCUGCACCUCCACCUCCUGCACCUCCACCUCCUGCACCUCCACCUCCUGCACCUCCACCUCCUGCAACUCCACCUCCUGCACCUCCACUUCCUGCACCUCCACCUCCUGCAACUCCGCCUCCUGCACCUCCACUUCCUGCACCUCCACCUCCUGCACCUCCACCUCCUGCAACUCCACCUCCUGCUCCUCCACCUCCUGUAACUCCACCUCCUGUAACUCCACCUCCUGUAACUCCACCUCCUGUAACUCCACCUCCUGCACCUCCUGCUCCUGCUCCUCUUCCUUCUCCUCCUCCUCCAUCUCCUGCCUCCUCCCCUUCUCCACCUCCUCCUGCACCUCCACCUCUUGCACCUCCACCUCCCCCUGCACCUCCACCUUCUCUCAGAUCGAGCUGGUGGAACAAUUGGGACCACAACAGGUGGGAACAAGGCUCCCUCUCCACCCCCACCACCACCACAACCAGUACCAUCAGAACAACCACUACCACCACGCCAUUACCGCCAAAGGAUUUAAAGAAAACUUUUAAAGAGCCAGUGAAGGUGACAGAUGGAGAGUGUGAGGAUCGCAUCGCUAACAUCGCUGGCAGCCUCACUUGUCAAGAGUUCUUGCGCUCCUACGGGUUCCGCUACUGUGGUCACCGCUACAUCCAGAAGAAUUGUUGUCGCUCACAGAAGGACAUGUGUCAUGGACCCUAGAGGUGUUGGACGUCAGACGAAGGCUUCAACACCGCGGCCCAGGGCCACACACGGUGGUCCAGGGGCCAUACACCGCAGCCCAGGGCCACACCACACACCAGCCCUAGAGUUCAUGGGUUUUCCACACUGAGGGCCCUAAAACACUUCUGGUUAACAUCUCAGGAGUGCUUCCCUCCUUGUGACUUCAUACACCUAGAGCUCUCCUACCUCCGAGAGUUGUCACACUCCAUGGGUCCCAGGAGUCGAAGUCCCGCCCAUCAGGAAAAAUUUCCACCACCAGAAGAGUCCUUCAAAAUCGAGGUGAUCCUAGCGCAGAGAGCAUCGUCACUCAGAGCAUCAUAGGCCCCAAAUGCCACCAGUUCAUCCAUGGUGGUCUAUCUAUUAAAGUGGUCUCUAGGCGGACCAUUUGGGCGGCGGCACCAGACCCUCCGAGCUGCGGCGGCGGCUUGCUGGCGAGGCGACGGCGCGGGGGGUGACGCCCCUACAGUGUCCGGUGCCGCCGCCAGGGGCGCUACACGACAGACACAUCACAACACAACCACACUGGAGGCUGGCCCCAGAGGCUCCAGCAAUAGACUACAGACUUAUACAGCACCACUCACAGUCCUCUCACUGCCACCAUACCCUCAAGACAACUCAAGUUACUCUUCGAAUGCCGCAGUGAUUUUUUGAAUGAUUAUUUAUUUGUAUGUGUUUUCUGAAAUAAUAUGAUGUUACCGAACUGAAUCCUUUGUACAGUAUACAUUAUUUAUUCAGAAACUAUGAACAUUGCAUACCAAAUACAUGAUGCCCUCUAAAUGACUACUGGUAGAAGACUGGUUGUGGACGGGACCAAAGGUUGUGUGUCGGCCAAUCAGCAUAUACCACGAGGUCAAGACUGACCUCUUAGCCCGGUCUUUCCUAAUGUGCUCGCUCGUGCGGAUGCCGUUUUACCGAACACGAACUGUUCAAAAAAAUGUGUAUUGUAUAUAGUUGUUGAUUUUUAUAUAUAAAUUUCAAUUACUUCUGAUGUAUUAUAAAUGUUUAUAUCACAAGACACGUCAUUGUAGUGGUAUUUUCUUGUGCAAUCUUCCUAGAACACAUUUGUUUUUUUUUUUCCCCUUUACCAAAUGAACUGUGUUUUUACUUAU